AUGUCAAUUCCAUCUUCUUUCUCCAUCGUUCCCUCUUCUUUCUUCCAUAUCUCUCUCCAUCUCGUUUCAAAUGUAGCAGCCGGCGAGGAAGGUGUGCCUCUCGAUCACCGGCGUUGGCAGUGGAGUUACCGCCGCCGUUGUCCUCCAAGUCCCUGCUCCCUCCCCCCUCUCCUUGCCCGCGUCAUCCCAGUCCCAUGCUCCCUCCACAAAAGCCGUCUGCGAAGAGGUCGAUGUGGCUCCGGCGAUAUGGUGGCGCAGCGAAUGGUGGCGACGUCAGCCCUGGCAACGCGGUGUAUCUGCGACCAAUGGAUGAGCCUCUCCUAGGAGUCCAUGUCCGGCGCCGCUGCCUCCGCCGCCUCGUGUGGUAGCAGCAAGUCUUCCUACAACGUUGACACCUCCACCUACUAGGACUCCAAGUACACCUAGGACUUCGCCGCCAACCCACCGCUCCUUCGUCCGUUCCCUUCUCCUCACCUCCCACUUUGCAGCUGACUUUGAGUUCGUGUUCCUCGGUUUGUUUGCAAGAGCGGUCACGAGAUGGUGACCACCAUCAGCGGCAUGGAGGAGUGAGGUCGAGGCGGCGACCACGGCGGUGAGCAUCGCCAUAGGCCCAUGGCGAGCGCGAUGGCACAGGUGCAGCAGCAACAAUAGCAGUGGCCAGUGGAAGGGAGAAGAAUGCGAGGAUAGAGGAAGAAGGAGAGGAGAGGAGAAGAAAAGAAGAGAAGUAAGAAGAGCCUAAUGAAAAACGUGAUGACGAUAGCGUCAAUUCAAUUUUAUAAUAUUACAGUAACACCCAACCAAUAUUGUGAAUAGUAAUGAGAUUUCUCUAAUAUGGCAUAUUUGCAAUAAUGUGAUGCAAUUAACCCCAAAAUAGUUGAUGGUAUUUCUAUUCUACAAAGGUUACAACUUUCAUUCCGUGGGUUGGGUAUUCCAAUAUGAACCACAAUGGAUGUGGCUAGCUUCACACAGUUUCUCCUUUAAUUAGACGAUAGUAAAAUAUAUAAACAGUAAACCUGUCUGUUCCGUAGACGGCAGCUGAACAAUGCCACGGAAUAAACACGUCACGUCGACCCCGAAGCUCUCGAUUAGCGAUGUUGUAAGAAGGAUUAACCUUAAUCCAUCCAUGUAGCCAUCAUCCAGAUAAAGUAAUUAAUCCAUAAAAAACUCCACAGUACAGCUCAGUGUAAACCUGAAUUUUCCCUGAUUAAUUUAGCUGUUAGCAAAUUGACCACGAUGGCAGCAGUGACACGCUAAAAACAUUGUGCCAAACCACGUAGCUAAACACCGUAUUUAUAGCUGUAAAAAACAUUCGACCACGGCGACAUUAGUUGCAAACUAAUUACUGAUCAAGUUUUACUCGAGGCAAUCGCGAGAUCGAGCAUUGCGUUUACGUUGCACGAUCUUUGCACUUGUCUCGACUCAUCAUGCUCAACUGGUACCCGAGGUCGUCGGCGGCGAGCUCCACCGCCGCCGCCGGCGACGACGUCGACGGAUUCCGCGUGUUCUACGGCAUCGCCGUCGUCUGCCUGUCCAUCUUCCUGUUCUGCGCGCUGGCGGCUUCUGUCAGCGUCUGGAAGGCGUGCGCGUACGCCGCCAUGGCCGCGCUGGUCCUCAGCGUCGUCGGCUGCUUCGCCCCCAAGAGGUGGGUUCGCCGGAGCCGCGGCGGCGCGGAGGCGGAGCGAGCUGCGGCCGGCGCUCGGCGGCGGCCGGCGGCGGAUGCGCUCGCGCGCGCGCCGGCGAACGCGCCGCCGGCGUUCGUGCACGGGUGCCCGCUCGAGAGCGGCGCCGCCGCCGCCGCGGGGAGCUGCGCGGUGUGCGCGGUGUGCCUGGAGGACGUGCGCGGCGGCGAGACGGUGCGACGGCUGCCGGCGUGCGGGCACCUGUUCCACGUGGAGUGCAUCGACAUGUGGCUGCACUCGCCGCACCGGACGUGCCCGAUGUGCCGGUGCGUGGUGUCGCCGCCGGCGAGGGCGGCAGCGAAGGCCGCGGCGGAGGUGGUGGUGUCGCCGGAGUCGACGGCCGACGACGUUCUGCCACCGGUGUAGCUACCAGCUGUUGCACGUGUGAGUGUAAAUAUAAGAGAGUAUAUUAUAUGGUCGAUUAUUUGCAUUGGCCUAAUUAAGCUUGCAGAGAAAUUUACAGUGUACGUCUGUUGUGAAUUGUAAUUAGUUUGUGCCAUUGAUCGAACAGUAUUUCUAUUCUUCAAAAUUCAAAUAUGUUGUUAAUCAUAUCACUGUUGUUUUGUACAUAGGUUUUGUUAACCAGAAGCAGUAGGAGCUCUGCCUAAGAAAAUGGGUAGAAAGCUUACAGAGUGUCAAAAAGGAGACACGAUAAGUUCAUUACAAUGAUGCGAAUUUGCCGAGAAAAUUAACUCCCGUUUGUUUAGACGAAAGAAAUAGAACAUUUUACAAACAGGUAAGCGAUCCGAAGCUGGAAAUUCAGUACUCUAACUACUGUAAUUCAGUUGA